AUGCGGGCUAAUGAAGAACCACCGCGCACUCUUUACGACAAGGUUCUUCAAAGUCAUAUUGUAGAUGAGAGGCCCGAUGGUACCAUCUUACUCUACAUCGAUCGACAUCUGGUUCAUGAGGUUACUUCACCCCAAGCUUUUGAGGGCUUAAGGAAUGCCGCUCGUAAAGUCAGACGACCUGACUGCACCCUUGCAACCACUGACCAUAAUGUUCCAACGACUUCCCGGAAAGCACUCAAAAAUAUUGCCACGUUCGUAGAAGAGGAAGAUUCUCGCUUACAAUGCCUAACUCUUGAAACUAACGUCAAGGAGUUUGGUAUCACUUACUUUGGCUUGGGAGAUAUGCGCCAAGGUAUUGUGCAUAUCAUUGGCCCUGAACAAGGCUUUACCUUACCGGGAACAACUGUUGUAUGCGGUGACAGCCAUACUUCAACUCACGGAGCCUUUGGAGCUUUGGCUUUCGGUAUUGGAACGAGUGAGGUAGAGCACGUUCUUGCUACGCAAACUUUGAUCACAAAGCGAAGCAAAAAUAUGCGGGUCCUGAUAGAAGGCGAUCUUAGCCCUGGAGUUAGUUCCAAGGACGUCGUUCUCCAUGUUAUCGGAAAAAUAGGCACUGCCGGUGGAACUGGUGCGGUAAUUGAGUUUUGCGGUUCGACCAUUCGGGCUCUAAGUAUGGAAGCACGCAUGUCGAUAUGUAACAUGUCAAUUGAGGGUGGUGCACGAGCUGGAAUGGUGGCCCCAGAUGAUAUCACUUUCGAGUAUCUCAAAAAUCGGCCCUUGGCACCAAAGUUUGAUUCUGCUGAAUGGCACCAAGCCGUCCACUACUGGAAGAGUCUCCAAUCAGACUCGAACGCCAAGUACGAUAUAGAUGUCUUCAUAGAUGCGCUUGAAAUAUCUCCAACAGUAACAUGGGGAACCAGUCCAGAGGAUAUCGUGCCUAUUACCGGCUUCGUUCCUGAUCCCGCUAGUUUUCCCACUGAAGAAAAGCGGAUUGCGGGCAAUCGUAAGUUAGAAUACAUGGGGCUAACUCCUGGCACCCCUAUGCAAGACAUUCUUUUGGAUAAAAUUUUUAUCGGUUCCUGCACUAACGCUCGUAUCGAAGACUUAAGGGCUGCUGCCACUAUUCUAAAGGGUCGUAGGGUUGCUCCUAAUAUCAAGCGGGCAUUAGUCGUCCCUGGAAGUGGUCUAGUGAAGAAGCAGGCUGAAUCUGAGGGACUUGAUAAGAUAUUUACUGAUUCAGGAUUUGAAUGGCGUGAAGCAGGAUGCAGUAUGUGUCUUGGCAUGAAUCCAGAUAUUCUGUUGCCACAAGAGCGAUGUGCAAGCACCAGCAAUCGAAAUUUCGAGGGAAGGCAAGGAGCAGGGGGACGAACUCAUCUGGUAUCUCCAGUAACUGCUGCUGCGUGUGCCAUUGAAGGCAAGCUGUCAGACGUACGAAAAUUAAUUACCAAAAAUCCCGAUCCAUCCAAAGUUCUCCCGCAGGAACACAUAGAGGCCAAGACGCAUGAAGAUACGCAACUUAUGGCGGAUAAUAUCGAGCAAGAAACACUAGAUGAUACAGCCGUUGAUAGAAUUCUAAACUCGAAUACUGCAGAUUCUCAAUCUCGCUCUGCAGGACUCCCUAUUUUCAGUACCCUGAAGGGUUUCGCAGCGCCCCUCGACUGCUCAAACGUUGACACGGAUGCCAUAAUUCCGAAACAGUUUCUGAAGACUAUUAAACGAACGGGAUUAGGCUCAUCUUUGUUUUACGAAUUACGCUAUAAUUCCGACGGAAGCGAGAGGGCUGGCUUUAUCCUGAACAAAGAGCCCUACCGCCAAGCUCGCACUCUAGUUGUAACAGGCCCCAACUUUGGGUGUGGCUCAUCUCGCGAACAUGCACCAUGGGCUUUGUUAGAUUUUGGGAUCAGGUGUAUAAUCGCACCAUCUUUUGCUGAUAUUUUUUACAACAAUACCUUCAAAAACGGCAUGUUACCAAUACCCAUCAGCAAUUCCAUACACCUCAAUGCUAUCAUCGCAGAAGCGCGUGCAGGAAAUGAAAUCGAAAUUGAUCUUCCUAACCAGCUCAUUAAAUCACAAACAGGGCAGCCAAUUUGUAGUUUUGAAGUCGAAGAAUUUCGAAAGUAUUGCCUCAUCAAUGGUUUGGAUGAUAUUGGCUUGACGAUGAAAAUGGAAGAUAAGAUAUCAGAAUUUGAGAAAAAAAUGACACGACUUACACCUUGGCUAAAUGGGAGCGGAUAUUUGAAAAGACGGGACGGAGGAAUGUUAGCAGUAGCUGCAAUUCCAAUUCCUAAAACCAACCAGGGUGACAAGCUGACAGACCCUUUGGAUUGGUAA